GCUCUCCAGCGUCUAGGAAUCACAGACUUGUUCUCCUCCACUGCUGACAUGUCGAACUAUGACGAAACUAGGAACUUGGUGCUAAGGCAAGGAAUCCAUAAGGCUAUGGUGGAAGUAAACGAAGAGGGCGCCGAGGCUGCUGCUGUAACAGUUUUUCUGACCGAUAGAAUUAUAUCAGAUAAAUCACAGUUUGAAGUUUUCACAUGUGACCGGCCCUUCCUGUUUUUCAUCCUUGACAACAACACAAUCAACAAUCUUUUCAUGGGUGUUUACAGGCAGCCACAGAACUAGACCGAAUUCAUCACCAGCAGAUUCACUAAACUCUGUGAAUUGUAUUACUCAAAUUACUUCGUUGAAAAGAUAUAGUUUUGGGUAUUUUAUCCUCCUCCACCAGCAAGUCCAUCACAAGGAACAAAAGACAUCAAUAUGGAAAAUGGUGCGGUAAUAUGAAGGUUCGGAGUAAAUGUAACCCGCCACUACGUUUAUAAGCAUCUAGCUGUACGUAGACCAAUUUGGUCCACUUCUCUUAAAACCGACCGCCACUUCCUGUCUUUACGAAAUUUGCUAACAGUGAAGCGUAACGACAAAUUGAUAAAUUUCAUAAGACAACGUUGUCAAUGUUGUUAGUGAUUUAUACAUUAAUGUAUUCCAAGA